CCGUGUCGUCUGCUAGUGAGGUGGCUUGGUCGGGGUGAACGUUAUCCAAUUUUCCAUACAAAAUUGAUGCAAAUUAUAACUUUUUUGUCGAGCAGUUGACCAAUUUAGAGGAAGUACUGAGGUACUGGCCUCCACAAGAAGAUGAUGGCUGGAAGAUGGGAAUGUUUCCAAGGUCUGCCGCCUGGAUGGGACGCCAAAUUUGACUUCAAGACUGGGAGAUAUUACUUCAUCGACAAUACCACGAAGCAGACGACAUGGGAAGACCCCAGAUUGAAGUCCUGUCCUCCGCCUCCACCUCAUCCCGACACCAUUCCUCCAGAAAUGCGAGCCGCGCAGACUGCUACAGUCGCCCCUCUAGACGUGAUCAAUUUUCGAGGAUCAGGAUUGCCAAUCGUGCCAACUCUUCCGCCAUCAGGUCUACCAUCUUCACGGGACGCUGAGAACGAGAUGGAUGUGGCUAAAAUAUCUGCGAUGUUCCCAACGGUUCCUGAGAACCGUAUAAAGGAACUGCUCAAGAAGUACCAUCAGCGCACCACGGUAGUGAUCAGUGCCCUACAGGUGGCCAAAUAUCCUUUGGCAACCCCAGGUCCUUAUGGCACCUUCACCCCACCUCCAGCGAGACAUUUCCUCCCGACCGCUGCAGCACUCGCGGCUUUCCACACCGGAUCACAACCUCAACAGCAAACUACUUUGGGUCGGACAGCUACUCUGACUUCAGCACUGACGUCUUCUUCCAUUUCCACUGCUGGCACUGUCGUCUCCCCUCUCAAGAGCUCGGCUUUCAGUCCACACAGCUUGGGAUCGCAAUAUGGCUCGACCCAACCGCCGGCGACUGGCAUCACCUCAGUUACGACUAUCCCUGUCUCUGCUGCUCCGCUGUCGUUCAACUCUCGUCCAUCUACACCUGAGAGGAGUAACAUUCAGUCGAGAGCCAGCUACGAAAGAGUGCGUGGCACGCAUCUCCUAGAGAGGAUAGGAUCACUCGGGGACCAGUCCACCAUGGGGGGAUCGCUGGGAUCUCCGAGGCUCUCGACCAGAGCGUCCUCGCCCCAUACCACCACGCGCUCCACCUCUGAAGUCACGCGAUCUAUUAUUUCCUCACCAAGACCAUCUCAGUCCCCAAGACCUUCCCCGCACUCACCAAAGAUCAAGCUCAGGUACCUUAAAGGCAUGUUCCCCAACGUGGAUCCCAUCAUUAUACUGGACGUCUUGACGCAGUGUUCGUACAACGUCAAGGAGGCUUGCGAGUCGCUCGUCUCGAGAGGCUACGUAAAGAAGGAACUAUCCAUGGUGCCUCCUCAGCUAAAGAGUUCGGUGCAAGAGACUCCUAAAUCCUCACCAAAUCCUUCCCCUCUACCGACUCGACCGAAGUUUCUGUCGGAAAUGCACAACCGAAAUAUUCGGCAGCGUUUAGCGGAGGCUUUCCCUGACGUGACGCCAACAGUGCUGCGCAUGGCGCUGCAGUCCGUAGGGCAUGACGAGGAGCUGGCCAAGGCUGUGCUCAAAGCCACGCAGGACGACGGCAAACUCAAGACGCGCGACAAAACUCGAGCCUCCACGCCGGGGGACCUCAGGCGACGAGCCAUCACAGAUGGCGUGAGUGUGUGCGACAGUCACCAGCAUCACCAUCAGCAGACGCCGGUGCGCUCGGGCCGAGCAGUGAGGCCAACUCUACCCAGACCCAGGGUCAACUUUGCCUGGACCCACGCCAUAGGACAGCCCUCACCAGGCGUGGCGAUGAGCGACAUGCCGACCGACGACAACGGCAGCCGCGCGCUCGGCCCCGACCCGGCCCUGCACCGGGGGCCCUGCGACGACCUCCUGCUAACGGAUUACACACCGUGGCAUGGGCCCAACUCUGAGAACAUCAUUGGGCCAAGCAAGUCUUUAGCCAGGGGCCCAAACCUUGCCUUGAGGAGAGACCAGUCCAACAGCUACGUCCCGCUGGGGCCCAACGCUAGCCUCGUUAAGGGACCAAGACCCAGCCUGGCCAAGGGCUCCAUAUUCUCACAGGCCCUCAAGAAAGAUUCACCUCCGUCCUCUAAAAGGCUAUAAAAAGCCAUCAGUAUUCGUUAGAAAAUAGAUAAUAAUCCCAAUAUUUAUAUUUUGCAUAAUGUAAGAAUCGUUGUAGCAGUGAAUGGUAUGAUCAGUUGUAAUAGUUUGAUGCGAAACAAUUCCACUGCCCAUACGCAAGCACAGCUUUGCUUGUCAGCGAUGGCAUGAGAAGGGCGCUGACUAGACGCAAGUCGCUCACAAUAUUCGUGAUUCCGAUUCAGGAGUAGCCAUAACUUCAGAUGUAUCACCGAAUAAAAUAAAAGCCCGUAAUUUAUUUAUAUUUAUGUAUUCUGCUUAAUCUCGACACAUUAGCAGCUUGCAAUGUAAGAUGUAAGCAGCAGCUUUACUGUAUACAUGUAAGCAGCGCCCAGCGUUACCUGUGCUUGUAAAGUCCACUAGUUGUGCUUGACUUCAGUACUCGUCAGCCAGCUCUACUUGAUGUCAGUUUAUGGACAGCUUACGCUCAGUUCGUCAGCUCUGCUUGGUCUAAAAUACAUGUACUGCUUGCGCUCAGUCAGCCAGCUAGCUUUGUUUGGUCUCAGUACAUGUACAGCUUUCUUCAGUCAGUCAGCUCUGCUUGGUCUCAGUAUACAUGUACAGCUUGCGCUCAGUCAGCCAGCUCUGCUUGGUCUAAAAUUCUAAAUACAUGCACAGCUUACACUACGUUGUUCCCGCUGUGCUAAGCCAACGAGUGUUUGCACGCUUUUAAUCAUCAGUCAUAAGCUGAUGGUCCAAUGGCCUUCAACAGAGGCGAGUUAAAUGCACGGGCUAAUCAGAGUAAAUUGCCCUGGCGGUGCAGUUGCCGCGCCGUUGUUAUAACGAUGGAUAUAUUCGAGCAAAUAUGGAUUUAAAUUGCCACUUGCAUCGGGCGUACCACGAGACCUCUCUUGAUUUAUUAUCAUUGAGGAUAAUAAUAGCAUAUACUAUCCCCUGGAAAUAAAGUUCUGCUAUGGCAACACUUUUCUGAACGGCUUCUGCUUCUUAUACGUCACCCAACGAUGCUGGAUUUCGAGGCAAUAGUCGUUCCUUAGAGAAAAUGAACGAUGGUCACUAAUGGUUCAACUUUGAAUAUUCUGCUUAAUAAUAUUAACGAUUAUGUAUAGUGCAUGUGUACUGCAAAACAUAUGAACUAUCAACAGAAAAAUGAAAUGAAAUGCCGGCAGUACAAGGGACUUCAUAUUACUACAUCAUGCGAAUUACGGCUUUAUUUAGACACCAUCAAUAGAGAAAUUUCAACCAUAAUAUAGAAACAUUAAUUCAUUUAAAUUGUCAGCGAAACACACUUACGGCUACUCUAUCCUCGUGGUCAUUUUGAAUUCCUUCUCAUCCAUUUCUUCUGAAGGAAAUUAGCCGGAGUGUGGAGAUCAAUGGCCUAAUUUUGGCGCCAUGCCUUCCUAUCACGUAUCUGCAAUUCAACACAUCUCAUCAAAGAUGGCUCUAUAAACAUACGUGCGACCUCACCGCACACACAUGCAAUUAAUGAUGUCCUCAUUGUAGCAUCUUCCGUUUGGGAAGUCAAGUUCGAAUGCAUGACAACUAAAAUUCUCCGCCAAAAUGUUAAGCACGUCAUCCUGCUUGUAUUAGAGACGAAGUUACUGUGAAUCUGCCGAUUCUCAAUCUUCUGCCCAUUGCCCGUAACAGGUUUAGGUAUUUAUAAAUGAUGACUUAAAAAGAUUAUGGCCUAGAUAUCCCAAUAUCUCCACAAAUUACAUGCAGUAAUUUGAUGAUGGUAAUUCAUAUUGAAAUUCGAUAGUUUCCCUUGAUGUUCAACUUUACAUAAUAUCAAAGCAACUUGGAGCCAUGACCGGAUUCACUAAAUUCAUUAACUUCGACGGGCGCUUUCAAUACGCUAAAUUUUCUUGAAAAUGAUCGGGAAAAAAUUUGUCGUGAAAUUGGACACACUUCCUUGAACAUGCAUCACAAAUGAACAAUAAAUAAAUAUUGAAGUAAGAUAGAUUAUGAAAUGCAUGAAUAUCGUCCAUAGCUCUUAAUAGUGUGUAACUUCGGUGCAUAAAUAAAUAUGAUCAGUUGGAAAAUCUUGCAACAAUAAUUCACCCUGAACUUGAAACCAACCAAGCGGUAGCGGUCGACCAAGCAUUUCGAAACCAACAUACCAGGAAAAGCGGUGGCAUGCAUGCAUGCUUAUAACCAUAUCGAAACUUAUUCGUGAAUUUCUGCAUGUUUCAAUGUCCCCGGCCAGGGUUAAUAAAUUGAAUGAUCGCAGGAAGCAAAUCUACUACACAUGCCUGCCAUGUACUGUCAUGCAUAUAUUAAUAACAAUACAGAAGCAUGCAAAUUACCUUGCCACGGCAACAUGUCUUACGUCGAAUUCAUAAAUAUAUAUUGAUUCAUUGGCGCUGCUGUAUCUCCAGUAUUUGAACAGAAAAUGUAAAGGAAUAUAUCACCUAUGUUCACUACAUUUGAACUUUCACACUCAACAAACGUCCCGUAAAUGAGUUAAUGAAUUUAAUUCGUGGUUGACCGAUUGUCAUCUAUCUCAGCAAUUGCCUGGAAGCAAACACAGAUAAGUGGUCGUACAAUUCUGUGCAAUUACGAGUUAUCAUUGAAUUGCUGGGCAAGAGAUACGCGUGCGUCAGGACUCAUGCUAACAAUUCAAGCAGCACCUUGUCGAAACCAACAUCAAACGUGCCGGCAUGUAAACCUUAUCGAAACCAACAUCAAACGUGCCGGCAUGUAAACCUUAUCGAAACAAACGUCAAACGUACUGGCAUGUAAACCUUAUCGAAACAAACGUCAAACGUACUGGCAUGUAAACCUUAUCGAAACAAACGUCAAACGUGGCGGCAUGUAAAACUUGUCGAAAAAAACGUCAAAAGUGGCGGCAUGUUUAGCAUAUUGAAACCAUCAAAUAUGUCGGUAUGUUUAACAAGUUGAAACCAACACACAGGAGGCACAUUCAGACCACUCAGCUAGGAAAGGUACGCAUGUCCCAGAGAUGCAUCGGAAGACAAAAUGCAGCAAGCAACAUUUAUAUAUUGGACGUAAGUCGGAGACGCAACGUGGCGCCUGUUGAUUGGACCGCAAUGUCAAAGCGUAGAAUCAUAAUUUUUCAUACAUAAUCUGGAGCUUUUCAUUGUCUCCAUAUGUAAUUAAACCCUUACGAAUCAUUUGUACAGGGUGAUUCACGAAAACUUCCUGAUUUGAAAGCUCAGUCAAAAAACUGGUAAAGAUUUUAUUACAAAUAAAUUUUAGUGAAAAGCCAUUACCUGGAUUUUUACAUUACUUAUUUUUAAAGAUGACAUCGGACAAAUAACGGCCCCCAUUGUCAAUGCAUUCAGUCAGUCGAUUUUCGAAGUUCCAUUCAACUCGCUGAAGCAUAUUUACGAGUAUGUUGGCGAUGGCUUGGCGUAUGUUGUUCUUCAAAUGAGGUAAGGUCCUUGCACUCUACUUGCCCCAACUGUGUUCACCAACGUAACUAUCGAUUUCCGAUCAGUAACACGACCUGAAAGACGAAUACGCAACCGGGUACCGAAUGCUCGUUGAGUAGCGAUAAUGGAACGGCCAUUAGAAAAGUAAGCCUCGACAGCAAACGCACGCUGCUCACUUGUCCAUUACAUGGUGGCAACUGCCUUGGCGGGUCACCAAACUUCAUCAACCUGUCUGUCAUAAGAAAUACUUUUCUGCAUGGCUUUUUUCUUACAACAUCUGCAUGGCUGCUUGGCGCGAAAUACAAAACAGGCAAUGUCCGUGAAUCACCCUAACUGCAUCAUAUAACUUAGCAUGCGUAAAAUGAAUGAAGUGCUGGAUGUUAAUAAUGAUUUUGUAGCCUGAAAUAUUGACCAUAUUUGAACAUCGGGUUUAUUUAUCGGGUUUACCUUGAUUUCUGGUCCAGUAAAGAAAACAUUUCCAACUCAACAACUCAAACAAAAUCCAUAGGUUCAUUAUUGUCGGCUUGUAAAUCAUUGUGCCAAAUAAAGAUGUCCAUCCUUCGCA